GGGGCGGCAACGCGCAUGCGUAAAGAGGAGAGCAAGCAGGGCGCCUCGGGGCUGGGUUUUGUCCGCGCAUGCGCUGGGUGUGCGCUCAAGGCCAUGGCGGCUGCGGCCGUUGGGGCGCGAGCUCUGAGGGGGACCGGCCGUCCCGUCCUGCGGGCGGGCUGGGGCGCCGGAUGGCGCCGGCUCUGGGCGCUGUCAGGGCGAGCAGCGGCCGCCGCUUCUUCUCCUGUUGGCGCUUCGUCGGGUUCAGGCGCUCUGAGCCCCUUCGACCGGCGGCUGAAGCGGAAGCAGAAGAACUGGGCGGCGCUGCAGGCCGAGCCCGCCAAGUGCGACUACCUGCGGGAGGAGGUCGGCAGCAGGAUAGCGGACAGGGUAUAUGACAUCACCAGAACAUUUCCUCUUGCUUUGGAUGUUGGCUCUGGAAGAGGUUACAUAGCUCGACAUUUAACGAAGGAAACAGUUGAAAAACUUAUUCAAGUUGAUAUUGCAGAGAAUGCUUUAAAAAAUGCUGUAGAAUCUGAAAUUCCUACGGUCAGCGUUGUAGCUGAUGAGGAAUUCCUUCCUUUCAAAGAAGACACAUUUGAUCUUGUUGUUAGCAGCUUAAGUUUACAUUGGGUGAAUGACCUUCCUAGAGCUUUUAGAGAGAUUCACCAGGUCCUUAAGCCGGAUGGAGUAUUCAUUGGUGCGAUGUUUGGGGGAGACACUCUGUAUGAGCUUCGCUGCUCUUUGCAGCUAGCAGAAUUGGAGAGAGAAGGGGGCUUUUCUCCUCACAUAUCGCCGUUCACUGCUGUCGCUGAUUUGGGACAUCUGCUGUCAAGAGCUGGCUUUAACACCCUGACUGUGGAUACUGACGAGAUUCAAGUAAACUAUCCGGGGUUGUUUGAGGUUAUGGAAGACUUGCAAGGUAUGGGGGAGAGUAAUUGCUCUUGGAAUAGAAAGCCUCUGUUACACAGAGAGACAAUGUUGGCAGCUGCUGCAAUAUACCGAGAAAUGUAUGGAAAUAGCGAUGGCUCAGUACCUGCCACAUUUCAGAUCUUCUACAUGAUUGGUUGGAAAUUCCAUGAAUCACAGGCAAGACCAGCCCAGAGAGGUUCUGCAACAGUUUCAUUUGGAGAUUUGGCAAAAAUAGAUGGACUUCUUUCAAGAGGGAAAAAAUAGUUCUUCAUCAGAAAUAACAGUUGUUUUGAAGCUUCUAUAAAACUUCUCACUGCAGAUAGUCUUCACUUGUGCUUAUUUUGUGAUGACAUUCUGAAAUUAUAAUAAUCAUGCAGGAGGGUUUUUGGAUUUUUUUUACUGCCUAUGCUACAUCAUCAGCUAUGUAAAAUGGUGUUCAUUUUUUGUUUCUAAAUGAAUACAUAUUGUCCCAACUUCUGAUAAAAUUGCUGUUCUCAAAUGUAAUGCUUCUUCCAGCAUUUCAGUAUCACAGACUGCUCCAGGUAUGACUUGCAAAUCUUGAGUGUAUAUCACCCUGUGUUAUUUUCUAAUUAUUCCUGAAGGAUGGUAGAUCAUAAUAAAGAAGAGUACUUGGUGGUAGGUGUAUUUAUAAGACAUCCUGUAAGAGAAAAUACCAGCAAAUACAUAGAUCUAAAUUAUUAUGGGGUUUGUGGGUUGGAAACUAUGGGUAAAAAUUUGCUGUCAGUUACUGUUUGAAAUUUGAAUAAUUGUGUAUAAUGAAGUGGUUUAAGUUCUGUAUUAUUAAAAUAUUUCGGGUUGCUACCCUUCA